UGUGGGAAGCUUCUUGAGAUCUUGUGGGUAAACAAGGUUCCUGUAAUAUCUAUGCCUGUCUCCUGCCUGGGUACCUGGGGCAUCCUCAGAAAGGGAACUGAAGCCCCAGAGCUCUGGGGGUGGGACCUGGUCAGCCUUUGAGGGACCUGUGAGUCUCUGGCGUCGCUGACCUAGAGAAGAUCUAAGUCCAGAAGGGAAGUUCUCAGUUGAGGCCUGGGCAGGGCAGUGGAGCCGAGCUGGCCACUCCAGCAUGAACCACAACUCCAGGAAGGAGAAAUAGAAUCCGCCUGGCUCUCUGCCAUGGCCUGUGAGCCGCAGAUGGACCCUGGCGGGGCAGCCAGCCCGCUGCCCACCGCCACCCCUGGUUGGAGUGCCCUGCCUGGGGGGAGCCCUCCGAGGUGGGGACAAGAGCUGCACAAUGGCCAGGUCCUCUCAGUCCUCCGAGUUGACAAUACCUGUGCACCCAUCUCCUUUGACCUGGGAGCCGCAGAAGAGCAGCUGCAGGCCUGGGGCAUUCAGCUCCCUGCCGACCAGUACAGGAGCCUGGCUGAGAGCACCCUGUUGGAGCCACAAGUGAGGAGAUACAUCAUCUACAACUCCAGGCCCAUGCGGCUGGCCUUCGCUGUGGUCUUCUAUGUCGUGGUUUGGGCCAAUAUCUACUCCACCAGCCAGCUGUUUGCCCUGGGCCACCACUGGGUGGGCGUGCUUCUGGUGACCCUGGCUGCAGUGAGCCUGACGCUGACACUGGUGCUUGUCUUUGAGAGGCACCAGAGGAAGGCCAACACUAACACGGAUCUAAGGCUGGCAGCUGCCAACAGAACCCUCCUGAGACACCGGGUGCUGCUGGGGGUGACAGACACUGUGGAAGGCUGCCAGAGUGUGAUCCAGCUCUGGUUUGUCUAUUUCAACCUGGAGAACUGCGUGCAGUUUCUGUCCGACUGUGUUCAAGAAAUGAAAACUAACCAAGAGUCCUUGCUGAGAAGCAGACUGAGCCAGCUGUGUGUUGUCAUAGAGACAGGGGUGAGCCCCGCAGUGCCGGAGGGACCUGGAGACCUGGAGGAUGCUCCUCUCCUGCCCAGCAGAGAGACCAGUCCUCAGGAGAGGCCAGUCCUGCAGACUGAGCUGUUCCAGCUUGUGCCCGAGGCUGAGCCGCAGGAAAUGGCGCAGCAGCUGCUCUCGGUAUUUGGUGGCUACUACAUCCGGCUUCUAGUGACCUCCCAGCUCCCUCAGGCAGUGGGGACCCGGCACAUGGACUCUGCAAGCAUUCCGUGCCCUUGCCAGCUCAUAGAAGCGCAUAUCCUGGGCCCGGGAUGCUGCCAUUUCCUGAACAGGUGACCUAGGGACAGAAGUCUUUAUCAUCCUCCAAGACUGAGAAGUAGGGGAGGUUCCUGGAGCUCGAGAUGGCCCAUGGCGAGUUCCAGGCCAGGAGAUGAGCGGCCGAGAGUGCUCCCAAGGGUGUCAUGACACCUGCCACAGGGAUGUUGUGCCCAUGCCAGGACCCUGCACAGAAAUGUCUCAACAGGAUCCCGUGCUGCCCACUGGGCUUUGCUGAGGCUGAUGGUUGUUGAGCUGGUCCCACCCGCAUCCUCUUUCUGUGCUGCAUAGAGCUUCAGCCAUGGAGGGAGAGGUCAAUCCCUCACCCUUUUCACUGCCCACAGAGCCCAGGACACGUGAAGGUGGCCUGGCAGGGCCCGUCUGGCAUCCAAAGUUUGGUCUCCUCUCUCCAGCACCUUCAUAUCAGACGAGGAAGCUGAGGAUCAGGGAAAGCACUGCUGUUUAGGCUUCGCCUCUGACCUUGCAAGUUGUAGGACUGCCUCUCUCCGGUCUGCAGAAAAGAAGCAGAGUCUCAGGAUGUCUCCCCUCCUUAGCCUGCUCUCCCCCACAUUUUGUGAACAGCAGUGGUGCCUGGGCUCUUAGGCCAGCCCCGGGCUCCAGAGACAGGUGUGGAAGAUGGGCGACUGUGGCAGACCAAGGAGGAGACCGCUAAUAAGAGUAUUUGCAGCAGCUGGAUCGAUCCUGUUUGAGUUGAGGACUGUUCCUUCAAAGACACGGAUGCUUUGGCUGUGGUUUUCUCCGGCAGAUGUAAAACACUAGGUGUGUUUUCUGAUACUGAUCUUCCUGUCACGAUGAUCGGUCAUUGUCCCAUUGUUCCAGUCGCUCCUGGAAUUCUGUGAAGAGCUCUGAGACCUCCAGGGGUUCUGCUCCCCCAAAAGUUUGACGACCUGGAGUUCCUAGGCCUGAGUUACAAAGCCAUGGCCUGACACUGAAGGCUUCAAGCCCCAGGACCCAACCUUCACCUACAGUUUUGCCAUCGUCUCCCGCAAGACCUCUUGAUUGUCGAGUCUUUCCUGAACUGACGCAUUUCUUCUUUUCUCUCUGUUGGACUCUUACUCAUGCCUGAGUCCCAUCUUUCCUUAUCCCUCCCUCAGGAAUUCUUCCAGCACAGCUGCCCUGCUGCUCACUGCCAACUCUUAAGUUCUUGUUACAGUUGUUGCUAUGUGCACUGAUGUUUUGGUUACUGGUCCUGUUUCCCUCUUCACAUCCAUGCCUGUUUUCCUAGCCAGAUUGUAAACUCCCUGAGGUCUAGCCCUGCUAAGUGGGAAGAACCCCAUGGACUGAUUGCUUUGCUGUCCUUAUAGUAGCGUCCUCACAUUGCUCUCCAUGUCCAGCUGACUGAUGAGACCUGGGUUAGGAUGGACCUGCAUUCUGGUCUUGCUCUUCUACUCUCAGCUGUGUAACUUUUGGCAAGUUGCUUUCUUUGGCUGGCCCUUAGUUUGCCCAUCUUCAUGAUGGUGGAUUGGAUGAUUCUUAAGGGUCCUUCCAGGGCCAAAGUUCUAGUAAUUUCCAGAAAGCUAGAAAGCUGCUUUCUGUUGCAGCAUUACCUACGUGCAGAGGCCACCUCCUUGCCACGGGCCUUAUGUGCUGUUGAAUAGAACACUGGCUUAGCUAGCAGGAGACCUGGAUUCUUGUCCCAGAUUUUCUGCUUCCUAGCUGUGUAACCUGGACAAGUCCCUUACCCUCUCUGAGUGUCAGUUUACUCCUUUAUAGUGUGGAUCUGGUGAAGUUGAAAUGUCUCACUGCAGAGAUCUUGCUCUGUGUGAGGCAAAGCUGACGUCAUCCUUGUGCCAGAGAAGAGGGGUCGUGUACACAGAGCAGCACCUGGAAAUGGUUGUUACAGGCAUCGCCCUCAGCCAAGUUCCAGGGAAGCUUUCCUCAGUGAAAUUAUUUACGAAGGCCCUCAGGACACUGAGGAAAUGUUGAUGAGAAUGUUCCUGGUAGAAGCCUGUAUUUAUCAUCCCAACCAUAAAUCCCUGUAACUAUAAUAAGAGAAUAAAAAUGCGUUUGUUAAAUGACAAAGCAGCAGUUUUUCAAUCUCGAGGUCAGCUCAUGGAGGCCUGGAUGUGUUCUUUUCUGUUUUUUCUCUCUUUAGAAUUGCUGAUGUUCUCCCCACCCCGGGUGUGUGGGGCAGGCGGGGCUUGCCCACAACAUACCUGUCUUUCUUUGCAUGCGUGCCUCAGUGUCCUCGUUUAUAAAAUCCUUGUGAUCCGUGCGCCACCUGCUUCCCAAGGGUGCUGUGAAGAUCAGCUGUCUGAGGCGUGUAAUCUGUCCUCAGCUGUAUCCAUCAGAGACCCCGUGGCUUUGGAGACAGCGCAACAAUGUGGCACCGCAGUGGAGGCUGUCACUGCUUGGGUUCCAGAGUCCUAGUUAUCCCAGUCCAAGGCCUGCUGCUUCCUGGCACCGGUCUUGGCCUUCUUCAGGGGACUGAAGGCAGGUUGGGGAGAUUGAUGUAAAAAUGUCCACAUUGCUUGAGACUUCCAGUUUGAAUAAUAGUUCAACAAACUGUUGCUAUUAAACAGAUAAAGCCCUCACUGUUGUAGAUGGUGGGUGCCUGUCUAUUUCUGUUGAUGUCCAUCUCAGAUCCAGUUACUCCAGUCCUGUAGUUUCUUUUUCUCUAGGAAUCAAGAUUCUAGUCAAAUCUCUAGAAAAGUAUUGAGUUUAAUACCGAGUGAUGGCAAAGAGGGAGGUCAGGAGCAAUCUGGUAGCUUUGGGCUGGGUGCUCCCCCUCUCUGUACCUCCUGUACCCCGAUUUCUGCAUCUCCUGAGGGGAUGCGGUGACAAGGGGGAGUGAUGGAAGUGGUGAAGCACAAACCACCCAGCCGGCUCCUGCUAUGGCCAGAGCAAAGGCUCAAGCGGUUUUGUCUUGAAUUCAGUCGUUAUUCCAUCAGCGCAUGCACGGAUAAAGAAAACGCAGGGCGGGGGACGUAGCUCAGUGGUUGUGCUGCCUGCCUCGCAAAGUCGCAAGUUGGAUACCCGGUACCAAAAAAAAAAAAAAGUGGCAUUUUACACAACAAAGUACUACUCUUGCUGUAAAGAAGGAUGAACUGGAGUCUUUUGUAUGAAAGUGGAUGCAUCUGGAGGCCACAAUGUUAAGUGAAAUAAAUCAGACACUCAAGCUUAAA